GUGUUCAUUCCGGUAAACUGGUGGUACAGGCAAGUGGGCAGGUCAGCUUUCUUCCAUCAAUCGCGUUUGCGUUUCACUGUUACAUCUUCAUAAUCCUGCACCUUCUCUAUCUGGACCUGUUUACGGCGUGCGCACCAGCCUCGUAGACUAUUCAUCCAGCUCAGCUCAGUCCUAUUCUCCAUAAUCCAACUUGAUGCACAUCUUGCCUAACCUGCCUUUAAAGCCAUAGGUAAAGGGGACUGGCCGUGGCUACUAGCAAUUGAUCGAGCCCACCACUAUUCGAAGCAGAUUUCCCUCACUUUCGUCAACUGGAAGAAGUUGAAGGUGUUUCUCGGCACCCAAUCUCGCCAUCGUUUCUUGUUCCUGUCACCACGAAAACACAGCAGUGAACGCUCAAUCCACAUCACCCGCCUUGCGCGCCUGCUCGCUCGGCCUAAAACGGGUUAUUCACAAUUGCUUUGGUAUUCCAUGGUCCUAGCUUCUCCAGAGUAGCCAGAAUGAACUCUGCGUGGCCAGCUUGGGAGUGUCGGGAUCAAGUCGAUCAGGCUGAGCUCUACUACAACCAACCCUUACGCACAAAGAAUCGCUGUCUAGAAGAUGAGAACCUGGCCCUCAAACGCCUCUUACGUAAGCAUAACAUCUCAUGGCAGACCAACCAGCCCGGCCCAGCCCGUCCCAAAAGCUCUCGUAUUACUCGUUCGAGCAUAAGUCAGCAGAGAACUCUACCCCAUUUACCUGUUGAGAUCCAGCUCAGAGUACUGUCAUAUGCUUUGACUAGCCCUCACCCAAUUAUCGACCCGCUCUGCAAGAGUCGGCCUGAACGGAUGGUGGGUCGAGAGAAGAGCAAGAAAAAUCAGAUCGCCAUUCACUUUCUUGCCACAUGUCAAGCCUACCGGUUUGAGGGCACCAGGUUCUUGUGGUCCAACAACACAUUUGUAUUCACGAGCCCCGCCAGUCUAAGACAUUUUGCUGAACUUGAUUUUACCUAUCGCAAGGAAAUACAACAUAUCACAUUGCGCCUCAUCGCCAGAUUCUAUGAUGAUGAGGAACGUGUGCAUCGUCUACCAACAUCCUAUCAUCCCAACCUCAAGUCUUCGAUCAAGCUAGCCGUUCAGCGUCGCCCCAAGGAAAAGACGCUAGCCCGACGCGGCUUUCGCGCAUAUGCUUGGUAUCAGUUAAUUGACUUUCUUGAUGCCCUGCUACCCCCGUUCGAUCCUGACUCCAAGCUGUUGUCCACUCGUCCGAGAUUACUCCCGGCUCUCAAAUCGAUGCGCAUCGACUUUGUCAAUUUCAUUGAGAAUCUUCUUCAGUACCCACCUCCGCAGCUCCACGAUUUGGCCUCGCACCUGCUAGGCUGUAUGCUGAACGAACUCGUUUUGACAGGCGUCCCAGCUGACGAGUGUGGAGUCCGAGUGAGCACUGAGCUCUCAGGCCUGCUGAAGGACGAGGGUCUCCUCCUGGAACACCUCCCAACUUUAGUGGCCGUCAAGGAUGGAAUUCGCAUAUUACGUUGCGCCCAGGUUACCUGUCGCCCGACAGCUAGGGUGGUUCGGGGAAUGCAUAACAUCACCGAACCAGGAGAGAUAUUUGCCGAUAACCCUGAUUACCACAGGCACAACUGGAGUGACUUUCCACCGGCCCCUGCAGAUGAAGGUGACCCACCCUUCUCUCCUUUCCACUCUUGUCGCACCAUCUGGAAAAAGGUACCAACGAGAAUGGAUGGAACUGGCAAACGUAGAUGGGAGUUGUUUGAUCGUAUUAGUGGUAAGCCAUGGGAAGAGGCUGAGGAAGAAGCCACCAUGUUUGACUUCCUCGAUGAUGAAGAGGACUUUAUCGUUUGCGAAAACUGCGGCGAGUGCCACCCUGGUGCGCUUUUACCCGAAACUCUGCAGGAUCUGUACGACGACUAGUGAAAGAAUAUGUGGGCUGCGUGUGUUUGUGAAAAGAACCAGGUGUUAUGAGCACAUAUUCCCAUUAUGAGAGAUUACGACCUAGCCGCGAAAACCGAGACUAACAGCAGCAGGAAAGUCUGUGUAAUAGCCAAUAGUAUGUUGAAUGGUUCUUGUAGCCAACAGGACAGCACGGAUCUGGAGGGUGUUCAAAAGUACCUAAUCAAUGUUUGGAGGAGUUGCAACUCUAUAUCCGUUAUGUAUUCGCUACCUUGAUGCACCACCGGAACCGACUGUUAU